CUUCUAUAUACUUAUCUUAACUCCCUAGGGGAUGGCCAGAAGUUUUCUAGGAAUAGAAUAGCUUCUGUAAUGCAGGAAAUUGAUCCAGAAAGUAUAUAACGUUGCUCGGAAGAGAUGAAGGCAGCUAGGGAGGAAUAUAAUAUUCAUGGGCCGAACUUUGUUUGGUCUAUCGAUAGCUAUUGCAAGCUACGAUUUUGUGGGAUUGAGAUAUAUGCUGGUAUUGAUGCCUACUCACGGUUCGUACCUUGGAUUUAUAUUGGAAUCUCAAAUGGUUAUGCUAUAAGUAUGCAAUACCUUGACUUGGUAGACGAAAUGGAGGUUAUUCCGCUCCAUAUUCGAUCGGAUAGAGGAUGCGAAACACCCAUAAUUACUAAUGCCCAUUAUAUCCUCUAUAAAGCGACGUGCCAAACAAGGGGUAUUAAUCCAUAUCAGUUCUCAGAUCUCUAUUAGCUUUACUCCCGCAAACUUCUCCCUGACUAUAUCGCUAUGCUUUUCGUCUAUUUACCUAUUAUACGGGAGCAAACUAAGGAGUUCGUCCGGGUUUGGAAUAUCCAUUUAAUUAGGAAACAGCCUAAUCGUCCACAUAUCGUUACACUUGAGUGGUGUGAGCAAGAGCUUAAGAAUGCCGGCUUUAUACUCCCAAUUACGGAGUCUACACGUGACUCGAAUAGGGAUCUGAACCACCUGAGUACGUAUAUAUAUCUAAGGGAGUCAAUUAGCGACCACCUAAUUAAUACGAAGAAUACUUGUCCAAAGCUAGGGCUUUUAUUAAUACCUAAGGGUAUAUAUAAUUGG